GCCUGCAGCGGCCACUAUCGCCAUGGCCCGGUUUUGACGCAGCCGCGAUAGCUGGAGGAGGAGCCAGGGCCGGGGAGAAGGCAGUCAGCCAGUUCGCCCGGAGAAGGAAGGAAGGUGCUGUCAGGCAGAGCAACAGAUGGCCAAGAGCUAGCAAAGAGCGUUCAGGACCAUGAUGGCUCAGAUUCCUACAGCCGUAAAUGGAGGCCCAAAUAUGUGGGCUAUCACUAUUGAAGAACGAACAAAGUAUGACAAGCAGUUUGACAGCCUCAAACCAGUUGGGGGAUAUGUUACAGGAGAUCAAGCUCGUAACUUUUUUUUACAAUCAGGUUUGCCCUCUCCAGUCUUGGCUGAAAUAUGGGCUCUCUCUGACCUGAACAAGGAUGGGAAAAUGGAUCAACAGGAAUUUUCCAUAGCUAUGAAACUCAUCAAGUUAAAACUACAAGGUCAACCAUUGCCUGUAAUUCUCCCUCCAGUCAUGAAGCAGGCGCCAAUAUUCUCACCCCUGAUGUCUGCUCGUUUUGGUAUGGGCAGUAUGCCAAAUCUGUCUAUUCCAGCGUCUGUACCUACGAUUACACCUUUAGCUCCCAUGUCCUCCUUUCCUUCUGUAACUUCCAUCCCUCCCCUGGUUAUUUCUGCUCCCCUGCUGCCUUCUGUCAGCACAUCGUCAUUGCCAAAUGGAACAUCUGGCUUCUUGCAGCCACUUCCUGCAUCAUACUCUUCAACUUUGCCUCAUUCUAAUUCAUAUAGUCCCAUGGUAGGAGGAUUUGGUGGUGCCAAUAUCCAGAAGACACAAUCCCUGAUAGAUUUGGGAUCUAGUAGUUCAAAUUCUUCUUCUACUACCUCACUAACUGGGAAUUCACCUAAGACUGGAUCUUCAGAUUGGGCAGUUCCUCAGGCUUCCAGGUUAAAAUACAGGCAGAAAUUUAAUAGCCUUGACAAAGGGAUGAGUGGAUACCUUUCAGGAUUUCAGGCAAAAAAUGCUCUUCUGCAAUCAAACUUAUCCCAGACGCAGUUGGCUACUAUUUGGUCCCUAGCUGACAUUGAUGGUAACGGACAGCUGAAAGCUGAGGAGUUCAUAUUAGCUAUGCAUUUAACUGAUAUGGCUAAAGCUGGGCAGCCCCUCCCACUAAGUCUGCCUCCUGAGUUGGUUCCACCUUCUUUGAGAAGUGGAAGGUGUGGUGAAAAUACUAAUUGUGCUCUACCAACAUACCAGAUAAAGCAAGAAGAGGAACCCCCUCAAAAACUUCCAGUUACAUUUGAGGAUAAGAGGAAAGCAAACUAUGAAAGAGGCAACAUGGAACUGGAGAAACGGCGUCAAGUGUUGCUGGAGCAGCAGCAAAGAGAAGCAGAACGUAAAGCACAGAAGGAAAGAGAAGAAAAAGAACGGUGGGAGAGGGAACAGCAGGAACGAGAACAGAAGAAGCAACUUGAACUGGAGAGGCACUUAGAAAAACAAAGAGAAAUCGAACAACAAAGGGAGGAAGAAAAGAGAAAAGAAAUAGAGAGGCGGGAGGCAGCAAAGCAAGAACUUGAGCGCCAACGACGUCUGGAAUGGGAGAGGAUUCGCCGUCAAGAUCUUCUCAAUCAACGUAGUAAAGAACAAGAAGAAAUGGUCAAGCUGAGCUCUAAAAAGAAAAGCCUUAAUCUCGAACUGGAUGCAUUGGAUGGCAAACACCAGCAGAUCUCUGGGAGAUUGCAAGAUGUUCGAAACCAAAAACAAAAUAAAAAAACCGAGUUGGAUCUUUUGGAAAAGAAAUGUGAUUUGGAAACUAUUGAAAUCAAGCAGCUAGAGCAACAGCUUCAAGAAUAUAAGAAUAAGCUGAACCUCCUUGUUCCUGAAAAAAAGCAGUUAAAUGAGAAGAUAAAAAAUAUGCACCAGGACAACUCCCUGAAUACAGACCUUAAUUCACUAUAUAAAAAGUCCUCAGAGAAGGAAGAAUUAUGCCAAAGACUUAGAGAACAGCUUGAUGCACUAGAAAAAGAAACAUCUUCCAAACUCUCUGAAAUGGAUGCUUUUAACCAUCAGCUUAAGUGUGACUCUCUGGAUGCUUCUGUUCUUCAGUGCCUUUUGUGUCUGCUCAGCUGUCUCAACAACCUCUUCCUCUUACUUAAGGAGCUAAGAGAAACCUACUUCACACAGCAGUUAGCACUUGAGCAGCUCCACAAGAUCAAACAGGAUAAAGUCCAAGAACUAGAAAGAAAAAGAGCUGAACUUACCCGGAAAAAAAGAGUGGAAGAUGAGGUUACACGAAAAGCAAAACGAGAAAAGGAGAACUUGUGGCAAGAGACUAUCCAGAAGGAAGAAGAGGAGAGAAGAAAGCGUCUACAGGAAGAGCGAAUGCAGGAAAAAAUCCAUGAAGAAAAACAAAAAGCUGAGGAAGCUGUUGCUCAAGAGAGGAAGCUUCACCAGCAAAAACUGGCAGAUGAGAAGCUUGAUCAGGAAAGAAAGAGCAAACAAGUAGAGAGCCUACGAGAAGCUGAGCAGCAAAGGCAGAAGCAAAAGGAAGAAGAUAAAAGAAGACAAACAAAAGCAGCUGAGGACAGUCAUAAACAGUUAGAUGAAGAGAGGAAAAGAAAAGAUACUACUCAUCUGCAAACAGAGAAACCCAUUCCUCAGUUAAACAUAAAUGAAAAAAUUGUAGAUAUCCUUAAACAGACAAAGGGUCAAAAUAUUAAGUCAACAGUGAAAAAUGAAGGUCAUACUGUUAAUGCCUCUGAUUCUACAAAAUUGGUUGGCUCUGUGAAUUACAGAGCUUUAUAUCCAUUUGAGGCAAGGAAUCAUGAUGAGAUGAGUUUCAAUACUGGAGAUAUAAUUCAGGUUGUUGAAAAAACUGAGGGAGAACCUGGUUGGUUAUAUGGAAGCUUCCAAGGGAAUUUUGGCUGGUUUCCUGGCAAUUAUGUAGAAAAACUACCUGAAAAUGAAAAGAUUUUUUCAUCUCCCAAGAAGGCUUUACUUCCUCCCACAGUAUCAUUACCAGCUGCCUCAGUUUCUGUAGAGUCUCAUUCACCAAAUAAAGCAGUAGAAGAAACAGAUUAUCAAAAUGUAACUUUUUCAAGUUUAAAUCUUAAUACGGGGCAGAAAAAAUCUGCUUUUACUCGUACAGUAUCCCCAGGAUCUGUUUCUCCCAUCCAUGGACAGGGACAAGUUGUAGAAAACCUAAAAGCACAAGCUCUUUGUUCCUGGACUGCAAAGAAAGAUAACCACCUGAACUUUUCAAAAAAUGACAUAAUUACUGUGCUAGAGCAGCAGGAAAAUUGGUGGUUUGGAGAAGUAGGUAGAAGAAGAGGGUGGUUUCCCAAAUCUUAUGUAAAAAUUUUGCCUGGAAAUGAAUACCAAAGAGUGGAACCAGAAGCUGUUUAUGCAGCUGUAAAUAAGAAACUCACAACACCAUCUUAUACACUAGGAGAGGACUAUAUAGCAUUGUAUUCUUACACAAGUUCUGAACCUGGUGAUUUAACAUUCAUUGAAGGUGAAGAAAUAUUAGUUACACAAAAAGAUGGGGAAUGGUGGAGUGGAAGCAUUGGUGACAGAACUGGAAUCUUUCCUUCAAACUAUGUCAAGCCAAAGGAUCAUGGUAGUGCUGUUACUGCUAGCAAAACAGCAACUUUAAAUAAAAAACCUGAAAUUGCUCAGGUUACCACAGCCUAUACUGCCUCUGGAACAGAACAGCUGAGUCUUGCCCCAGGUCAGCUGAUACUGAUUUUGAAGAAAAGCUCUAGUGAUUGGUGGCAGGGAGAACUGCAGGCAAGAGGGAAAAAAAGACAAAAAGGGUGGUUUCCUGCUACCCAUGUGAAACUUCUGGGUCCAAGUAAUGAAAAAGCGGCUUCUGCCCCAGCUAUUCUCCCAGUUUGCCAAGUGAUUGCAAUGUAUGACUACACAGCAAAUAAUGAAGACGAACUCAGUUUCUCUAAAGGGCAGCUUAUUAAUGUUCUGAACAAAGAAGAUAUGGACUGGUGGCAAGGAGAAAUCAAUGGCAUAUCAGGCCUCUUUCCUUCAAACUAUGUAAAGCUGACCACAGACUCUGAUCCAAGUCAGCAGUGAUCUAAUAUCUUCCAGUGUGAAAGCACCUCAGAGACCCACUACCCAAGUUUGACUAUAGCAUGGAAGCAGAGUGGGACAGCCUGCUCAGAUCUCUCUGAAACAAUUCAUUUGCUUCGCUUCAAUAUUAAGUCCACUCAAGUCUACAAAUUUUGUUCUGUAUUGUACAGUCACAAUUUAUUCAUACAAACUGAUUAGUGGGUCUUUGUGUGGCUUUCUGCACUGUCCAGUCUGGUUUUCUCUAUACCGUUUAUUUAGGAACAAUCAUGAAUGAUUAGCAUGCUUGUCAAGUUAUCGCUUGGCACUGUGCGACUUCAGGCACACAAAGACCUACUACUGGCACUGCUUCACAAGGGUAGUUGUGUUCUCAUGAUGCUGCACCAUGCAGUUCCUUUGCUGUUUUAUAGCUUGGUAAUCUCUUGCAAUGUGAUUCUGUGCACAAGUAAUAAUUGUGUUGGGGACAGGGAGAUAAAACAGGUGGAAUAAAACCUUGUAUGCUUUUUAUGCACUUAAUACUAUUCACUGUGUCUUCAGGCUUUUAGAUCUUGGGCUGCUUUCAUCUGGCACAAAUAUAUUUUGAUCCAUGUGACAGCUCUUUCUCCAAUGUUAAAAAAAUAUAUCCCUCUUCAGUAAUACAGCAUAUCAUUGUAUAUUAAAGGUAGAAGAUAAUGAUGGAACAAGUCAGGAUGAGUGUGUUUUGUUUUUUGGGUUUUUUUGUGUUUUGUUUUGUGGGAAUCCUAUUUUUGUGAACCCAUUUUGGCAUCUCAGUACGAGGGGACAAAUAAGACUAAAAGGCCUCUAAUCCUUACUCUGCUCCUCAUAACUGGGAUCGUGAUGGAGCAUAGAGGUCGUAUGUUUGACUCAUCCUCCCUCAGCUGCACCAAGCUGUUGCUCUCAGUCCUGAUCCUUCAGAUGUCUGUAGAGUGGGCAGGGCAACAAAAAGGGCCCAGUCAGUUCCAGAUUAAGCAUGGCAAGCUUCCUUGUGCUCCCGUGAUGUCGUAAGGAACAGGACAGAACAUACCAGUCUUCUUGCAGCCUACACCAUUCUCACCUCUGUGGGACCCUUCAAGCCUGAUUUCUUUCAGUGGAAAGAAUCCCAUCCAGAAUGGAGGAGGGCCUCAGGCAUGCCUUGGAUGCUUCUGUGUGUAUGCUUCUUUGUCCAAUUCAGGGAGAGAAAAUGGAGGUAGUUUAAAGCAGACAGACACAGGGGGAGGUGGGGCUUAUCAGCCCUUCCUGCCAUCACCCCCUCUCUCUAUUGAUUGUUCCUGGAAAGAAAAAAAAAGGACCAAUUGUGGUUCAUGUUUACAGAUAACAUGUAGUUAGAGCUUGGAAAAUACCAGGCUUUUUUGGCUAUACUUAGAAGUAUAGAAGUGCAUAGCCCUAACAUGAAAACAUUUAAUUACUGUUGCAGCAUUACUAAAUAUUUGUGCACCUGUUUUGACCUCUAGUAAUUUCCUAGUCAUCUGUUGGAACAGAAGAGUCCUGCUCUACUUUGGCCAACUUUUUUUGCAGGGGAAGGAGUAUAAUCCUACAGAGCAGAUGGGCUCUUGCCUGCUGUAUUUCAUAUCAGUUUUUUCAUGGCAACUUUAUCCUCCCCUCUGAGCUUGUAUCAUGCUCCUAAGCAUUUUGAUCCCAGCUUCAGGGAAAUGUUCAUUUGGAAUGGUCAUUUCAAAGCAACAUUAAAUUACCUUCUAAAAAAUGGAAUAGGUAACUAAGAUACCCUUUACUGCUGGAGAUGUAAUUAAUUUGUGAUUUUAAAAUUUCCUUAUUAUGUAGCACUUCAGUAAUUUAGCAGUAUGAUGAUAAUCUUGAAUGAGUGGAGCUUUUGUUUUAAAUAGUGGGGAUUGUUUAAAAUAUGGCAACUUAACCUCUUAAAAUUGAUGGCAGAUAAAAGCAGGUUUCCAGAAUCUGCAGACAACAUUUGUGAUAUAUACAAUCUGCAGUGUUUACUAUUUAGUGAACAUAUAAAAGUUAGCAAUUAUUAUAAAAUAGUAUUAAUAUAAUUUUAUUCAGAAACCUUUUGUUCAGUGUUCUAACAGUGUAAUACUGUUUACUCAGAUGUCCCAUUAUGUUCACUGUCUAGUAAAUAUGUAUAAUAUGCAUGUUUACUGAGAAGUAAAAUCCUACUGUAUUUGAUGGUACUUACUUCUUAGCAAGUGAGUUUAUUAUUGCCUCCAGCAUAAACUGAAUUUAUUAAUUCUUAAUAGCUUUUUAUGAAAUUAUUGAUACCUGUAUUUCUUUGAUUUAAAAAUGGGUCCUGGGAAAGGAUCUUUCAUGCAAUACAAACUAGCUGUAUGUCUUUAUCAAUUUAUGAAUGUGUUUUCAUCUUAUUUGUAUUUUUCUGUGAUUUUCCACAGAAUGAAAUUAUCACAGCAAAAAUGCAAGUGGCUCAUUGUUCAACUGAUGGGGCAGUAACCAGUCAGGCAUAAGCACUAAAAUAAAUGAUAUUGCACUAUCAUAACAGCACUAAUAUUGCUGACUGGCACAACCCAGAAAAACCUGUUGUGCUAGCUAACAUUCUGCUAGAGAUCCCUUUUAUUUGCUACUAUCCAGUUGAAUACCGCCCAUUAUUGUUUAUCAUGUGAUGCUGCAAUAAAAAUGCUAAUCAUGUAGUAUUAUGACUUCUUCUCAAACUGCCAUUGGUUUAACAAUUUCCAACCUCAGAUCUAGUAAUGCCAGAAAUGCAGUAUUUCAGUCCUGAAUUAAAACUGAGUGAAAUUGUUGUGACUUCCCUAGCCCAUCAACCACACACAGUAGCCUGACAGGUGCCUGAGAAACCUCAUGGAUAAGUUUGUUUAAACUUAGAUUUGAACAAGCAUAAAACAUCAAAAUAGGCCUCACUGACCUUAAAAAGGACUACAAGAACAAAUAUACUUUUUUGUUUUUCCACCACAUAACAAUGCUGUUAUUUUAUCAUGGCAGCAAUGCUGCUUUGCAGAGAAAUUGUCUCAGUAGCUUUUAUAUCUUAUGAUUUAAAAGGUCAAGCUUGAAAGAGGUUAUGGAACUAACAAGUACAGCAAUUCAGAAAGUGAUGUGCAUUUUUUUUUUGAUGUAAUGUCAGUAUUGGUAAAAAGCCCUGCCAGGUGAAUUUCAGGGCGACUGAAAUUCCACACCAUUGACUCAAACAUGUUUCCCAAUCAUGUAGCAUAUCGGCUAGAGAAGUACAUCCACUGCUAAAUGCAACAUACCCAGCAGGACUUAGAUUCCCCCAAUCCUGACUGUUGCAUCUUAGCCAGUCCCCAUGUAUCAUGCAUAUCAAGCAGCUCUGAAACUUCCAAAGUUAGUGUGUAGCAUGGAUGCCUGCUGCUCAAAACAAAAACCCAAAUUUUCUAGAUGAGCCCACAUGUUUAGGUGAACGUGAAGUGACUCUCUUAACUAUGGUCUUUAGCUUUAAAAUGAUUGGCUUUGGUCUUGCAAGUUUCUUUUGGAUGAUUAGGAGUCUUUUAAUGUAGCCACAGGGAGGUGAUGGAACCCCUGCAUAUACUUGAAGCAAGUUAACAAAUGUUUACUUGUUCUCAUUCCAGAAAAUUGGAUUAAUUUCUCAAAGGUAUGUAUAUGCUAACUAUGAAAGUCUCUCAAGAACAGAAUAAAAAGUAGAGAGGAAGAAAGGAUUCUUGACUAAGCCUAGAUUAGAAAUUAACAUCCUUCCUGAUUAAGCGUUCUGGAGAAUUCCAGAGUCUGUGACAUUUGGCAUAUACAUACAAAGAGCUAAGAAAAUAUACAAAAAUAAUGUCAUAUAUAAAUAAGAAUGUUUAAAAAAACUACAGAAGUUUUGAUUUUUUAUUAAAUAAAAAUGAUUUAUUCCACCACAUUGUGGCUUGUGCUUAUAACACAGUAUUUGCCAAAGUAUUGUCCUAUGGCUUGUACUGCAUUUUAAAAUUCAGUCAGACCAUAAAUAGUUGUCAAUCAAUCUGUCACACAAAUGCUUACAGACCUCUCAUUGUAGUGGUAUUUGGGCUGCUACAGCAUCAUGCUGCUUUAAUAUAUUUAAUUAUGUUGAAUUAUUAUCCAUUAUAGUGUUGUUUGUUGCCUUACUUUUCUUGUUUUCUUUUGGGGCUUUUUAGUAAUAAAGAUUUGGAAUAAUAUUCAGUGUUUCACCAUGCAAAUACAGCACAUGCUGUGUAUGAGAUAAUCAUUCUUUGUUUAUUGAAAACUGGAAAUAACUAUGCAAAACUAUUUUAUUAAAGUGACACACAAAAGAACA